AUGUCUCCAACGAUCAGAGACGCUGCAUGUAAUAAUACUCACCAAGAGUACUUUAUCGAUUUCUUUGGAGAUAAUUUGAUCGUUACCGUAACCUCGACGCCCUCAGUCAUCAGGAAAUGGAUCAGAAAUGUCAUCUUUAACCAUCGUCGUUCGCCAUCUUAUCACCCACUCGUCGUUGGAGUCGGCGUACAGUGGACACCGGAAAGUUGUUACCAUUCUCCGGCGGAGACUCUCCAGUUAUGCGUAGGUAAACGAUGUAUCAUCAUACAGCUGUCUCACUGCGGCCGUGUCCCCGACGUCCUCCGCAGUUUCCUCACGAGUCAAGAAACAACUUUCGUCGGUGUUUGGAAUAGUCAAGACGCGAGAAAGCUAGAACAAUGUAGACAUCAGUUGGAGAUCGGACAACUUCUUGACGUGAGGGGGUACGUUGAAGAUUCAGAAGGUGAGAGUUUGAGUGGUUGUUCGUUUGAGGAGAUUGUUGAGGCAUGCAUUGGUUAUGAAGGAGUGAGGCUAGAUCCGAUGAUAAGCAUGAGUGAUUGGAGUGUUGACGACCUUGAUCCUGAUCAGAUACUUCAAGUAUCAACAGAAGCUUAUGUUUGCUUCAAGCUCGGUGUUUGGGCUCGUCUAUGGCAACAAGAUUGA